UUUAAAAAGGAUUCUAAAUCCUUUUGUAACACCACCGGAACCAACUCUCAAUCAACCCCAGAGCUUACAGAAAUCUGUGGCCGCGAUCCGCACAAAAAGAAAAUCCCCGGAAACCGGCAAGUUUUAAGGUUCGUGAUUUUGGUAGGAUCUGCGGUCCGCUCGUACUUAGAAAUUCCCCAAGAAAGCAAGAGUGAGACACACCGUAUUGGGGACCACGUGUAGUAGCCGGUCCCUCAGAAAGCGGGGGGCUAAGUCCUCAGCGUCGCUUGUGAAGACCCAGGAAGCUGCCGUACUGUGGUAAAUCCUCACUGAAGAAGGCCUUAAGUAAAAUCAUGUUGAAAACACAGAAAAAAACUACAGUAAUACCCGUGGCCGCGAGGGAAGAAAGCGAUAGCGAAUCGGCGGCCGAAAGUAGUGAUGAAGGCGAGGAGUUCAUGUCGGACGAAGAGUUUCCCGUGUCUGAAGAUGAUAGCGAUGCGGAAAACGACGAGUCCGGCGAAGGAGAGGAUGAGGGCGAACAAACACAGGAAGCCACGAAAUGGGCCAAAACGAUGGCCAAGUUUCUUCGGAAAUCCACGGACGCAAAGAUCCUCUCAAAAUCCGUUACCGAUGCGCAGAAGGAACGCAAAAAGACCGAGUCCAAAACGUACCAAUUCGAAGUCGUUAACGCACAGGGGAAGGUGAAGAAGGAAACGGCGGCGGCCGCUGAUAAACAGGGAGAGGAAAAACCGGACAGCAUAAAACUUGCUCGCGAACUGCUACAACAGAAAGCCAUGCUCAAGCGAGAACGUCAAAGGGACAUCCUUGGACUGCGAGUACGUCCUUCCAUCCACGAUUACGAUCGUGAGCGAACCCUGCGAAAGGUGGCCACCAAGGGAACGGUGCAGCUGUUCAACGCGGUUCGCAAGCAGCAAAAGGAAGUGAGUGAAAAACUGGACGAAGCGGGCAAACUGGAGUACAAGCGAGAGAAGGUGCUGAAGAGUUUGAACAAAAAGGAGUUCCUCAACGCCCUGAUGAACGGACCAAGGGCCAAAUCGGAGCUGGUGGACAAUUUGGUGAAGAAAGAGGAAGAUGAUGAGAUCAAGUCGGAGAUUGAUUCGGAUGAAGAACCCAAAUCCACGUGGGGCGCACUGCGAGCUGAUUUCCUUACGGGCAAGAAGUCAGGCUGGGACAAAGAGGAUGGAGAGGACGAAUCCCGAGGUGCCGAUGGACUGGAUGAUGGUAUGGAGACGGAUUCAGAUUGAUCGGAAAUAUAUUGCUACGGCAAAUGUCUCAGAGGGAUU